AUGGGGUUACAAGGGUCAUUUUUGUCCCGUAAAACACUUAGCCACGGAGGGAGAGCCAGGCACCCGAAGUCAAGGGGUCCGGGCACCUGGGGCGUGCCUCGGAAGGUGGGCCACGCACCCGAGGGUGUGAGGCCCGUGCACCCGGGGCGUACAGGGAGCCGGGCGGCUGAGGGGACCAGGCCCCCGGGGCCAUUUGGCCGGGCACCCGGGGCGGUCAGGGAGCCGGACCGUGGGCGGCUGAAGGGGCCGGGCACCCGGGGCCAUUUGGCCGGGCACCCGGGCUGCCACAGCCAGCACCACGUAAAGGGGCCGGGCACCCGGGCUGCCACAACUAGCGCCAAGCAAAGGGGCUGGGCACCCGGGGUGGCCAGGGGCAUUCCCGAGCCCGCGGCCGGGCACCCGGGGCCAUGGAUGGCCGGGCACCCGGAGUGUCCAGGACCUCCCCGUCCGCCUUCUUCAUAUUUCCUUCUUCCUUCUUCUCCUUCCCAGCUGCUUGGGUCUCCCUCCUAG